AUGGAAACGACCGACAUUGAGGACUUGCCAGGUACCUCUCGCCUGCUAAGCCAUGGCCAGAUCAUUCUCUCUCCGCCCCCGACAAAAUCGGUGAAUGAUCCACUCAACUGGCCCAAGGCUCGCAAGUACUGGCAUGCUAUUCUAGUAUGCUUCAUUGCUGGCUUCACGGCAGCCACGUCUAAUGACGCUGGGUCCGCCCAGUUCGGGGAGAACGAUGAUCUCGGCAUCUCAUACGCCGCUAUGAAUACCGGUGCUGGUGUCUUGUUCCUCGGAAUUGGCUAUGGCACGCUUUUGUUGUCUCCAGCUGCAUGGCUUUGGGGGCGCCGCAUUACGUAUCUCUUCUGUAUAACCAUGGGGCUGAUAGGCGCUAUCUGGAUGGCAAAGACACAGUCAACUUCAGAUUCCAUCUGGAACCAGCUUUUUGUUGGCAUUUCUGAGUCAUGCGCAGAAGCUAAUGUUCAACUGUCGCUAUCGGAUCUGUUCUAUGAACAUCAACGUGGAACUUUUCUAGGUGUUUAUGUGUUGGCGACUAGCGUGGGCACCUAUCUAGGUCCUCUCAUAGCCGGAUUCAUCGGCGACAGUAAUUUGGGCUGGCGCUGGAUUGGAUGGUGGGCUGUGAGCAUUUCUGUUGGCACAGUUAUAACCUUUUUUUUCACUCUUGAAGAGACCAUGUUUGACAGAGACGCCCACGAAACUAAGCCGAUUAUUUGUAGUCAAGAGCCUACCACAGAUCCAGAAACGGCGCCAUGUGAGAAGAAGCCGGAGACUCCAGGCCUUUUCAGUAAUGAAAUUGUCACGGCAGAGGAACAGCCUAGGACGUACUGGCAGCGAAUUGCUUUGAUAACACCGGCAUCUAAUUUGGUUGGCUUUGGUUUUCGGCAGUACAGCACUCGUCUUGUCCAUACAAUGCGCAUUUUCUCUUUCCCUGCGGUGAUUUAUUCAGGGAUCCAAUGGGGGGUUCAGGAUGCUUGGCUUACCUUCUACCUAACUGUUGAGGACGAUAAUUGGAGUGACGCCCCGUGGUACUACGGAGAUGUCGGGGUCGGUUUGAUAAACCUGCCGUGUCUGAUAGGCGCUGUGCUGGGAUGUUUCUAUGGCGGGUACUUUUCCGAUUUGUUCAUGAUCUGGAUGGCGAAGCGAAAUGGCGGCAUUCGGGAGGCUGAGCAUCGCUUAUGGUUUCUUUUUCCGUUGGCUAUCAUAGGACCCUUGGGAAUGUUGCUGUUUGGUAUCGGCACAGGGCAAGGAUGGUCGUGGCCUGGUCCGUAUGUCGGACUUGGCUUGAUUGGAUUCGGCUGGGGAUGCACGGGGGAUUUGAGCAUGGCUUAUCUGAUGGACGCGUACCCGGAAAUGGUCUUGGAAGGAAUGGUGGGUGUGUCCGUCAUCAACAACUCGAUUGCGUGUAUCUUGACGUUUACGGCUAGCAUGUGGCUUGACAGCCAAGGCGUUCAGAAUACCUUUAUCGUCAUUGCUGCUCUGGACUUUUUUUUUGUCAUGACCACCGUGCCAAUGAUAAUCUGGGGGAAGAACUGUCGGCGGUGGACUAAGUCUCGGUAUUUAGAAUUUGUGCGCAUCCGAGACUCUUUCUGA